AUGCUGAGAAGUAGUAAGGAGUUGAAGGAAGCAAGCAAAGAAGGAGAAACAAGGGAAAAACUUGAAGAUGAAAAAGAUGGCAGAACCAAGUGUACCGUGAUACAGUGUUGCGGCACAGGGGCAGAAAUUGACAAAAAUGCCCAUGCUACGAUGAAGGAUGACACGACUCUCCCGUAUCCUCAUAGAGUGCAGAAACAGAGAUUAGACAAGCAAUUUGGUAAGUUCAUGGACAUGUUUAGAACUUUACACAUUAACAUUCAUUUUGUAGACAUGUUAGAGCAAAUACCGAAGUACGCGAAGUUCGUAAAUGAGAUUCUCACCAAGAAGAGAAGGCUUCAAGAACAUGAGACGGUGAAGUUCACCAAGGAAUGUAGCGCGUUGCUUCAAAAGAAACUACCACUGAAAUCAAGAGAUCUAGGGAGUUUUAGUAUUCCUUGCACAAUUGGUAGUUUCUAUUUUGAUAAAGCUUUAUGUGCUUUACGAGCUAGCAUUAAAUUGAUGCCAUUUUCCAUUUUCCAUUUUCAGGAAGCUUAG